UGCUUUUCAGGAAAUAAUGAUCAUUUGUUGGCAAUUCAUCAGAAGAAGAGUGGAAAACCAGUAUUCAUCUAUCACCAUUCACAAGACAUUGAGAAAAGCCUGGAUAUAGCUCCACAAAAGAUAUAUAAACAUAAUUUUCAUUCCCCUUCUGAAACUCAAGUAAGCAAACGCCACCAAAUUGUAAAUUCAGCAUUUCCUAGACCUGCGUAUGACCCAUCUCUCAAUCUGCUGGCCAUGGCUGGUCAAGAUCUUGAAGUGGAAAAUCUUCCAAUCCCAGCAGCAAAUGUAAUUGUUGUGACACUGCAAAUGGAUGUAAACAAGCUGAAUAUAACCCUGCUUCGGAUAUUUCGCCAAGGAGUGGCUGCAGCUUUAGGACUCUUACCCCAGCAAGUUCACAUCAAUCGCCUCAUUGAAAAGAAGAACAGUGUUGAACUAUUUGUGUCUCCCAUAAACCGAAAAACAGGAAUUUCUGAUGCUCUGCCAUCUGAGGAAGUGCUGCGUUCACUGAAUAUCAAUGUUUUGCAUCAAAGUUUAUCACAAUUUGGAAUUACAGAAGUCUCUCCUGAGAAAAAUGUUUUACAAGGGCAGCAUGAAGCGGACAAAAUCUGGAGCAAAGAAGGCUUUUAUGCUGUUGUCAUUUUUCUCAGCAUCUUUGUUAUUAUAGUGACGUGUUUGAUGAUUCUUUACAGAUUGAAAGAGAAAUUCCAGCUCUCCUUGAGACAAGAUAAAGAGAAAAACCAGGAGAUCCACCUCUCACCCAUCGGGUUACAGCCAGCACAGUCUGAGGCAAAGACAGUUCACAGCAUGGUCCAACCUGACCAGGCCCCGAAGGUGCUGAAUGUUGUUGUCGACCCUCAGGGCCGAUGUGCUCCUGAGAUCAAAGCUACCCCCUCUUCUUCUGUCUGCCAUUCUCCUUUCAAAAUGAAGCCCAUAGGACUUCAGGAGAGACGAGGGUCCAAUGUAUCUCUCACAUUGGACAUGAGUAGCUUGGGGACUAUUGAACCCUUUGUGGCUAUACCAACCCCACGAGAGAAGGUAGCCAUGGAAUACCUGCAGUCAGCCAGUCGAAUUCUCACAAGGUCACAGUUGAGGGACGUCGUGGCAAGUUCACAUUUACUCCAAAGUGAAUUCAUGGAAAUACCAAUGAACUUUGUGGAUCCCAAAGAAAUUGACAUUCCACGUCAUGGAACUAAAAACCGCUAUAAAACUAUUUUGCCAAAUCCCAUUAGCAGAGUGUGUUUAAGACCGAAAAAUGCAACUGAUUCAUUGAGUACCUACAUUAAUGCCAAUUAUAUUAGGGGCUACAAUGGCAAGGAGAAAGCAUUCAUUGCCACACAGGGUCCCAUGAUUAACACUGUGAAUGACUUCUGGCAGAUGGUUUGGCAGGAAGACAGCCCUGUAAUUGUUAUGAUCACAAAACUCAAAGAAAAAAAUGAGAAAUGUGUACUAUACUGGCCAGAAAAGAGAGGGAUAUAUGGGAAAGUCGAAGUUCUGGUUAUCAGUGUAAAUGAAUGUGAUAAUUACACUGUUCGAAACCUUGUCUUAAAGCAAGGAAGUCACACCCAACAUGUGAAGCAUUACUGGUACACCUCAUGGCCCGAUCACAAGACUCCAGACAGUGCCCAGCCUCUUCUACAGCUCAUGCUGGAUGUAGAAGAAGACACACUUGCUUCUGAAGGCCGAGGGCCCGUGGUGGUCCACUGCAGUGCAGGGAUAGGUAGAACCGGGUGCUUUAUUGCUACAACCAUUGGCUGUCAACAGUUGAAAGAAGAAGGAGUUGUUGAUGCACUAAGCAUUGUCUGCCAGCUUCGUGUAGACAGAGGUGGAAUGGUUCAAACCAGUGAGCAGUAUGAAUUUGUGCAUCAUGCUCUGUGCCUAUACGAGAGCAGACUUUCAGCGGAAACCGUCCAGUGAUUCACACAGAAGACUUACCCGACCAUCAUUCUCUUGGGUGAUUAAUCAAAUUACCCACUUGAGGCUUGGAGAUGGAGCUUCCUACUGUGGGAGAAAAGAGAAGCUCUGAAGCCAACCUGUGGCAUGGAUUGUGGAAAACUCAGCGACGUUGUCAAGAUCGUCAGCCCCUUGUGUAAAUGAGUGCUAUGUAAGCAUCCCCCAAAUUAUUCUGAAGGUUCUAUGCUACUGGAGGUAUGAUGGAUUUCUCACUCAGCUUAUGGAGGAUAUUAUUUUGUCUGUAUUGACUAUCUGCCACACAGAAUGUAUGUAUGUAAAAUUCAGUGACAAAUGUCAUCGGGUGAUGACUACAAGAGCUGCUGAAGAAACUAUUAUUGUGUGUUUAGAUGCUUUAAUGUUUGCAAAACCUGUCUUGUGAAUGGACUGUCAGCUGUUAAAAUGUUCAUGUUUUAAGUGCUAUUACCUUUCUCAGUUACCAGACUCUUGCUGCUAAAUUUGCAAGUGAUUGAUAAUGGAUUUUUAACAAAUACAUCUUUGUUUUUGAAGAAAAAAAAAAUCAAAAACAGUAACUAUUUUAUAUGAGAAUGUGUCUUGAUGAUAUUAUCUAUUAAAUGUGUAUUUAUAGUACCUCCUAUAGAUCAAUUACAGAGCACAAUGAUUGUUUGUGGGUAUAAAUGUAUUUACUCUCUAUUCAUGGUAUAGAGACGAUUUCUGCUCCAGAAUUCUAGCCACUGUAUUUCUACAUUCUGAGUCAUUUUACUUUAAAAGAGAAGAACAAAUUUGUAGCAACUAUGAAGUAUCAAGGAUUUUAAAUACUUGUCUCUCUUUUACUAUGAAGGGAUUUUUGCAUAUGCUAUCUACCUGGAAUUUUCUCUCCCCCAAAAAGGCAGAUGCCUUUGGGAAUGAUGUAACCUAUCCCAUUUCCAGAGGUUUUUCAUAAGGAUGCUGCCAUGUAUGUCCUUAAAUUUCAGAAAGGUUUUAACCCUCAAGAGACAAAUAAAGCUAAAAUAACUACACUCAACCAACACUAGAUGUUCUGGUCAUAUAUGAAUUUUUAAGCAGCAAUGUUGACUUGGUUUCGUACUGCCAAUAAACUAC